AUGCCACGAUAUCCGUCUUCCCGCCCUCUUCACCUUCAAAGAGCCGAGGAACUGCAGAAGCCUCCCCCCAAUGGCCAGCCAGUCUCUGUCGCUCUACCAAACUCAGAGAAGCAAGGCCGGAGCAAGAUCUACCGCCAUUGGCGGUUCCAGGAUGGCCUCAUCGAGAGCCUUGAUCCGUCUGUGCGAACAGCGCAUGACAUGUUCGAAAUCAGCGCGAAUCGAAGACCAGAGGCAUUGUUUCUGGGCCACCGACCGUACGAUUCUAUCAAACAGACUUUUGGCCCAUAUGAGUGGAUGGACUAUGGAACGGCUCAAAGGCGCAUGGCUAACCUCGGAGUCGGCUUAAUUGAGCUCCACGCCAGAGAAGGGAUUACAGGCACUCAAUAUGGCGUUGGGCUAUGGUGCCAGAACAGACCUGAAUGGCAGAUAACGGAUCUGGCAUGCAUGUCACAGUCGCUAUUCACAGUGUCUCUGUACGACACGUUAGGUCCCGAUGCUUCGGAGCACAUUAUCCGACAUGCGAACCUGACUUGCGUUGUUGCAUCACUAAACCAUAUUCCGUCACUCCUCAAGCUCAAGCCCCGACUACCGAAUCUGAAACUCAUUAUCGCUCUCGAUCCUCUUGAACCGGCGACGCACAAACAAGCGGCGCCGUCCGAUAAGACCUUGCUCUCUUUCCUAUCUGGAUCACUCGUUCUUGAUCUCAAAAUCAUCUCGAUUACCGAAGCAGAAGCGCUUGGCGCGUCUUUGAAUCGUCCAUGUAACCCUCCAGCCCCUUCAGAUAUCAUCACAGUCAACUAUACGUCCGGUACGAUAGGUCCGCCUAAAGGUGUCGUUCUCACACACUACAACGCUGUGGCAUCAUCGAGCGCAUCGAUGAUAGUUACGACUCACAAGGAAGACGACGUGUUGUGUUCCUACCUGCCAUUAGCUCAUAUCUACGGCCGUAUGCUCGAACAUGUGUCUAUGUACGCGGGUACUCGAAUUGGCUACUUCCACGGCAACGUCCUCGAGCUCGUGGAUGACUUGAAACUCCUAAAACCGACAUCCUUCCCAUCCGUCCCACGACUACUCAAUCGGCUAGGUGGAACCAUCAAGUCGCGCACCGUAGAUGUUCCAGGCUUCGAGGGCGAUCUGAGUCGCCGUGUUAUCAAGACAAAGUUAGCAAACAUCAGUCGCAAAGACAACCCGACGAACAAGCACACUACCUACGACAUGACAUGGGGUAAAAAGAUCGCCGCCACUCUAGGUCUCGAGCGUGUUCGGUCAAUAGUUAGUGGAUCAGCGCCUCUAGAUCCGGACCUACAGACCUUCUUUAGCAUUGUUUUUAGCACAAGAGUUUUACAAGGCUAUGGCCUUACCGAGGCGUAUGCAAUUGCACUAGCGCAACCAGACGGCGAUCUAUCGACGGGCAAUUGUGGUGGCGUAUCGGCAUGUAACGAGGCAUGCCUGCUCUCGGUACCAGAAAUGGAUUAUACGGUUGAUGACAAGCCAAAUCCCCGAGGCGAGCUACUGUUGCGCGGUAACAACAUCUUCAAGGAAUAUUACAAGCUCCCAGAAGAGACGUCGAAAGCCUUCACCGAAGACGGAUGGUUCAAAACCGGCGACAUCUGCAUGGUGGAUAGUCUAGGUCGAUUCACUAUCAUCGACCGCAAGAAGAAUGUGCUCAAGCUUGCUCAGGGCGAAUACAUCUCUCCUGAGCGUAUUGAGGGUGUCUAUCUCUCCGCAUGCAACUAUCUUGCGCAAGCCUAUGUUCACGGCGACAGCUUGCAAAACUUCCUGAUUGCCAUUCUCGGCGUCGAGCCCGACUCUUUUGCAGCAUUUGCGUCAAGGGUUCUUGGCCGACAAAUCCAAAGCACGGAUCUCGGGGCCAUCCAGUCCGCAUGUGGAGAGGAGCAAGUCAAAGCAGCCGUGCUGAAAGAGCUGGAUGCGGUGGGCUGGAGGAACAAGUUUCCAGGGUACGAGCGGGUUCGCAACGUCUGGUUAGCUUUGGAGCCGUUUACUAUUGAGAAUGGGCUCCUAACGCCGACCUUCAAAUUGAAGCGGCCGGUCGCUGCGAAGAAAUACAGAGCUGUCUUGGAUCGUCUUUACAAGGAGGCGCUGGAUGCGGAAGCAGCACAACCGCUAAAAGUGAAAUUGUAG